GUUCACCCUCUCAACCGUUUGAUUGUCCAGAAUCUCUCAUAGUAUACAUCCAAGGUCACUGUCACGCUGGUACAACUGGAGUUGCACCGCCGAUUUCUCUGCAAUUCGUUACCGGGACUUCAUUGUUUACACUCCUUGGGGUUCCGGAUCGAGGGUCCCACGCAAUACGAUAUCCCUCUUCCAACCCGACGGAAUCGAAACAACAAGAGACCCAAAUCUUGACCGACACCGUGCAACAUAUGGAGUUUGAUACUGAGGACUAGCGACGACUCUCCUUUCCGUUCAUACCUCUCCAUCCGUUCAUGGCAUCGCAAUAUUCUACCUACUCGCCGCGCUCUGCGCUGGGACACAAAGCUACUUCGCCAUCUCCCCUCAGACACGCUUCGACCGCAUCAUCUAAUUCCUCUUCCUCUGCAUACUCCGCACAUUAUCCUCCGAGCCGGACGAGCACCGUAUCCUCCCACAGCUCCAAUGGUAUGCACCAUGUUCUCCACACCACAGGACACGGACAUAAACGAGGGAUGAGCGAUGCGACCGGCUUGCGCAAUAUGGUAUCAAAAUCCGAAGACUAUUUCGGAACCGUCGACCAUAGCCCAUCCGAAACCUACCAAUCUGCGCGUCAAUCGCUCCGUCCGCUGCCGCAAACUCCUGCUAAGGCUCGGCCACCCGUGGAGAAAUCGAGUCCACAAACUUCUCACAACCGUACCAAGAGCCAUGCAGAUAUGUCUGGGAUAGGUGCACGCUUCAAUGGCAGCAACUCCUUGCUCACGAAGACCCCGCUACCUGUGGAGAGCCCGAGUCCAAGAACUUCUCACAGCCGUACCAAGAGUCAUGCGGAUAUCUCUGAGAUAAGUUCACGCUUCGACGGCAGUAACACUCCGUCCGCGAAGGCAGCUCGUCCAUUGUCAAUGGCAACCCUCACAAGAAGUGAUUCAAUGCGAGGCUCGCGCGACCGUCCGAAUGGCUCGAGCGCAAGCCAUGUUCACUUCAGUCCGCAUGUCGAACGCCCCGAUCUCCAAACGUUCCAGAAGUCAACUACUCGCCACCUUCGGACUCUAUCCAAGAUCGCACAGGAAGGUGAAGAGAAUCUGGAUUUCACCAUCAAAAGCCGGGAGCAAGAGGUAGCUGGGCUGCACGGCAGACGACGACUACAACGUUCGGACAGCGUCAAACCGGGUGCACAAAUGGUGAAGCCAGUCAGUGCUUGGGGUGCGAGUGCUUGGAUCGAUGCACAGCGACAGUUUCUUCAAGCCUAUGAGUACCUUUGUCAUAUUGGCGAGGCGAAGGAAUGGAUUGAAGAUAUCCUGCAGAACGAAAUUCCCCCCAUUGUUCACCUCGAGGAGGCGCUACGAGACGGAGUAACCUUCGCGGAGAUCGUGCAGGCACUGAAACCCGGCAAGCCGUUUAGGAUCUUUCGGCAUCCAAAGUUACAGUUCCGGCACUCGGACAACAUCGCCUUGUUCUUCAACUACCUGCACGAAGUGGAGCUUCCAGAGCUUUUCCGAUUCGAGUUGGUUGAUCUAUACGAGAAGAAGAACAUCCCCAAGGUCAUCUACUGUAUCCAUGCUCUGUCAUGGUUGCUGUACCGAAAGGGAAUCGUUGACUUCCGUAUCGGCAAUCUAGUCGGGCAGCUGCAAUUCGCAGACCAUGAACUCGAAGAAACGCAGAAAGGACUGGACAAGUCCGGCGUCGCCAUGCCGAACUUCUCAGGGAUGUCUGCCAAUUUCGGUGAACCAGAACCGGAGCCGGAGCCCGUGGAAACAGACGAAGAACGAAUCAAUCGCGAACUUGCCGAGAACGAACAGGUUAUCGUGGAUCUUCAGGCACAGAUUCGGGGGGCCACGACACGACUGAUGCUGGGCGACACGAUGCAGGUAUUCUGGGAUAAUGAAGACUGGACCGUCGACCUCCAGGCGCGAAUACGCGGUGACUUUGCGAGGCAGAUAUUCGAGUACCGGAUGGGGAUGUACCGGUCGGCUGUCGAACUUCAAUCCGCGAUUCGUGGCUAUCUCGCGAGAAGCCGGUUACAACGGACCCAGCAAAACUGGGAGCGAUGUGAGAAGCACAUCCUACAGUUACAGAGCCUCAUCCGUGCGAAAGCCGCCCGUGCAGACGUGAAGAUGAUCAAGACGGAGGUCAGAAGCCAUGAACAUGGUAUUCGAGAUAUCCAAGCGGCGAUUCGCGGUGCGCUCGCGCGAGCGAAGGUGGCCGAUCAGUACGAAGAGACGCGUGACGCGCAAACGGAACAAGGGGUUCAGUGGCUCCAGGCAGCCGUACGGGGCAUGCUUGCGCGGAAAUCGAUCGAGGCUCAGAUGGAUAUCAUUCACGACCGACGAACACAAACCCUGGUUACGAAACUCCAAGCGGCAGCAAGAGGCCAAGCAAAACGAAGGGAGCUAAAAGCAGUUGCUCAGAAGGUCCAAGAACAAAGUGCAAGUUGGGUUACAUUACAAUCUCAACGACGAGGCCAGCAACAACGACACUCGAUUCAGACUUUGAAGGAAGAAUUAAGCAGUAAUGCCCCCAUCUUCCGUUCACUGCAAGCUUGUUGUCGAGGGGCCGCAGCAAGGAAGCGACACGACGCCCUUCAACUAGCCUUGAAAGGCAGCCAACCUUCCAUUUCGCUUCUCCAGUGUUCAAUACGAGGCUAUCUACUCCGUUCAAAAGCUUUCGCUGACAAGAAGUCGCUUCAAGCCGCAUCAUCGAGCAUCGUCACAAUUCAGGCAGCCUCGAAAGGCUACUUGGAACGCCAACGGACAUAUGAUAUCAUUUGCGAGCUUGAGAACCAUGACGCAUCUGUCACUGAACUGCAAGCGAUGGCGAGAGGAAUGCUCAGCCGGAUCAGUGUUGGUCGAACCCUUACCAUGCUGGACGAAGUUGAAGAUACCAUCGUGGCGCUUCAAGCGCAUUCAUUGGGUAUGAUCAUCCGCCAGAGGUUUGCCCAGAAGAAGCGCUUCUAUGAGGAGAACAUGAAGAAGGUAGUCAAGAUUCAGAGCUUUGUCCGAGGGAAACAACAAGGCCAGGCAUACAAAACGCUUGUCGGCGGCAAGAACCCUCCUGUAGGGACGGUGAAGAACUUUGUCCAUCUUCUCAAUGACAGCGACUUGGAUUUCGAGGAGGAGAUCGAGAUGGAGAGAUUACGGAAGACCGUCGUCCAGCAUGUCCGACAGAACGAAAUGGCCGAGGUGUAUAUUGAUCAGCUGGACAUCAAGAUCGCUCUUCUGGUCAAGAACAAGAUUACCCUCGACGAAGUCAUCAAGCAUCAGAAACACUUCGGUGGACAUGUCGGCAACUUACUCUCAAACCGCGAUGUGGUGACAUCAAAAGAUCCCUUUGACCUCAAGGCCCUCAACAAAAACUCCCGACGCAAACUCGAACAUUACCAAGAACUGUUCUUCAUCCUUCAAACCCAACCACAAUACCUCGCCCGUCUCUUCAAGAAGUUCCGUGAGCAAGCCAUGCCCGAGCAGGAAUGCAAGCGCAUGGAACUGCUCAUGAUCGGCCUGUUCGGUUUCGCACAGAAGCGACGAGAAGAGUACUACCUCCUCAAGCUCAUCUCCCGCUCGAUCAAAGAAGAGAUCGACUCCUGCAACAGCAUCCAAGAAUACCUCCGCGGCAACUUCUUCUGGACCCGCAUCCUUACUAACUACAUCCGCUCCCCUCGAGACCGCAAGUAUCUUCGAGAUCUCCUCGGGCCUAUCAUCAAAGAAGACAUCGUCGAGACUGAAGGCUUGGACCUCGAGUCCGAUCCCAUGCAGAUUUACCGCUCCAUAAUCAAUAAUGAAGAGUUACGCACCGGCCAACGCAGUCGACGCGUACCCGAUGUUCCCCGCGAGGAAGCGAUCCGGGACCCCGAGACGCGGGAGACCUUUAUUCGACAUCUUCAAGACCUUCGAGAUAUCGCCGACCAUUUCUUCCAUCAGAUGGAAGACCAAAUCCAUCGGAUGCCGUACGGAAUACGCUUCAUUGCCCAGCAAACCUUCGAGCUGCUCUGUCAGCGGUUCCCAUCGGAGCCAAAGGAGGGCAUCCUUCAGCUCAUGGGCAAUUGGGUGUGGAAGACGUAUCUAUAUCCGGCGUUGACGCAGCCGGAGAACUGGAGCGUCGUAGAUCGUGGUCUCAGCCCGAUGCACAAGAGGAACCUGGGGGAGGUUGCGAAGGUUGUGGGCCAGAUUGCAAAUGGAAGGCUGUUUGGUGGAGACAACGUCUAUUUGCAGCCUAUGAACCCGUACAUCAGCGACUCCUUACCGCGUAUGGCGAAUAUUUGGGAGAGCAUGAUCACCAUUCGAGAGGCAGAGGCUCACUUCGAUAUUGAUGAGUUCAAUGACCUCUACGCAAGAACGAAGCCGACGCUCUAUGUCAAGCUUACCGAUAUCUUCGCGAUACAUCAGCUCAUUGCUCAGGACGUCUCGUUCCUGACGGGGGGCCAGGAUGAUGCACUGAGAGAAGUGAUUCGUGAACUCGGUAGCCCGAAAAAUAACGAGUCUGAAAUGAUCGGAGUCAGCUCGACUGAGAUCACUUUGACCCUGAAUCCCAAGCUGCAUGACAUGGAAGACCCCGACGCUGCCUUGAAGUCCCUGUUCAUGGAAACCAAACGCUGCAUCCUCUACAUCAUCCGCGUGCAAACUGGCGGCAGCCUUCUCGAAAUCAUGGUCCGCCCUAUCUCCGCCGAAGACGAUGAUCGCUGGACCGCCCUCGUCUCCGAAGAGGUUGCCCAGAAAGAGCGCGACCGCCGCCGCCACCGACGACACACCAAUACCUCGACCUCCGACGCCAUGAGCACCACAGGCCAUGCCACCUCUGCCCUCGACAUCACCGCCCUCACCUACGCCGAGCUCAAACGCACGGCGCUGGAAAACUUCGUCACGCUCGAACGACACGGUCGACUGAGCCGGCACAACAACUACCAAGACCUCCUCAACAGCAUUGCGUUGGACAUCCGCACGAAGCACCGACGACGCAUCCAGCGCACGCGCGAGCUUGAAGGCGUGAAGGCGACGCUGGCGGCGCUGGACGAGAAAUCCGAGUGGCUAGACAGCCAACUGAAGAGCUACAACGACUACAUCGAGCAGGCGAUGAUCACGCUGCAGAACAAGAAGGGGAAGAAGCGGUUCCUGCUGCCGUUCACGAAGCAGUACAACCACGAGAAGGAGCUGCAGCGCGCCGGUCGGGUGCCCAAGUUCGGGUCGUUUAAGUACUCGGCGCAGAAUCUGGCAAACAAGGGAGUGUUGGUGAGCUGGAAAGGGUACCAUGAGCGGCAGUGGGAGAAGAUCAACAUCACGAUUUCGAGCGAUCAGGUUGGGGUGUUUCAUGUCGAGGGGAGUGUUGGGAGCAUGAUGAUCCCCGGUGCCAGCGCGAUGGUGCCGUUGGAUGAUUUGCUGCAGGCGCAGUUUAACAAUUGUCAGUUUGUGAACUUGUUCGGGACGAGUGGGAAUGAUGCGACGGGGGGAAAGGGCGGGGAGGGAUCGUUACGGUUGAACGUGAACUUGUUGGUUCAUCUUCUGAUGAGGAAGUUCUAUCGGGACGAGUGAAGCGGUUGACUAUGAGGAGACAACCGCCCUCGUUGAAGUCGCUUCUGGCUGUUCGGAAUGGUUUCAUUGGCAGGCGUGUGCAUUGCUGAGGGUUUUCAAGGUUUUCUGCCCAUCUUACGUUGGACCAUGAGUAUGACGGGACAUAGAUGGACGACGAACAUUCGAUGACCUUGGUUUGUUUACAUGUACGCAUGAGUUAUAGAUGCAUAACUACCUGGCGGCGGCCAUGCUGCGACGCCCCAAAC